GAAUGGAGUAGGCCAAGCAAUGAGCGUGUGUUGAUUGUGUUGAUUUUCUGUGCGUCGAUUUCGGUGUUUGUCACAAAAAUGUCGCGCAGGACCGGUGAAAUAUUCCUUCUAGUUUUUCUUCUAGGGGUGCAAGCUCAAGACGACUCUCUGGCCGGCAGCUUCCUCUCAGGGCUACUGGACACCAUAACUAGUACUGCUGAUUCAAAAGACUGUCCAGGCGUUUGUGUACACGCCUUAGCAACUAUAAUUUGCUACGGAGUUCUAGAAGAUGUAACCUGCCCAUCACCAUCAAUGAAAUGCUGUAUAGACUCCCCAGCUCAAAAUGCAACAACACUAAUAGAAACAACGACCAAGACGGAAACAACGACACCCCAAAUAACAACAAUUAGUACUAUAACAACAACGACUGUGCCGCCUAGUACAACUAUUUCUAAUUAUAUAGCUACUGAGAAACAACACAACGCUUCAGUGGCAACGAACGAUCAAGGAAAGUGCAACAGUACGGAGUACAAAGGAGUGUGUGUUGCCGAGAACAUAGCCAAUUAUUGCGAAGCCAUCCUUAACACGGACAAUCUGUGCGCACCUGGUUUAAGGUGUUGUGUCUCAAGUGUCACCUUCGGUGAUAAAGUACCUCUUAAUUUAAUUUACCCGAACAAAACCAAAAUGAACCACACUAAAAUCGAGACGAGGACAACCCCUAAACCCUUUAGUACGACACCGAGUACAGUUUGGAAAUCGACAACGUUGUCGACGUUUCAACCGACAGUUUUGAAAGAGUGUCGUGGAGAAUGCGUUAGUGGAUUGGUCGCUUUGUUCUGCGACGACAUCGAUUCUCAGGCCGAAUGCGCCAAUGGAGAUAGCUGUUGCAUUACUGAAUCAUCGUCAAACGAAGAACCGGAAAAAUCUGCGUCACCAAUACCAACAUCAACUAGACCGACUACAACCCCCAGGCCGGUGACGCGCGAUCCGGGACCGAUAUGUCCUGGAUUUUGCCUUCUCAAUAUAAUGGCUGCUUUCUGUGAAAGGCCUUCCGUUCUAAUACCUCAUACGUCGAAUUGUAAACGAGGAUCCGUUUGUUGUGAUAACACAAGAACAGUUACAUCGCAACCUAAACCAAAACCUAAACCGCAUUACCCGACUACUACGACCACAACCACCACAAUGGACUCCCGACCGGAGUGCCCUGGAUCCUGCAUAGUAUCUUACUUGAGCUUUACUUGUUUCAGAAAUGCUGAAAUGACAGAAAUAUUCAAAUGCAGAAAAUCAGGAACGAAAUGCUGCGCUCCCAAGUCUUUAAUAAAGGAAGCCUUAGGACAAAAAGACGAUUCACCUCCAAAAGAUAGCACUCAACAAUCAUUAAGUGUUCAAUAUACCACAACAUCACCAGUAACUUUAACUCAGACAUCAACGACUGAAACGUCAAGAGUAGUUCCAACGACAUCUCGUUCGCCAGUCUACAGUAAAUACGUUUGCGGUGUCAAAGGCACGUCCAGAGAAGGCCGAGUUGUUGGUGGUGAAGACGGGCAGCAAGGCGAAUGGUGUUGGCAAGUCGCACUGAUUAACUCCUUGAAUCAAUACCUCUGCGGAGCCGCUCUCAUUGGGACUCAGUGGGUUUUGACUGCAGCGCAUUGUGUCACAAAUAUUGUUCGCUCCGGUGAUGCCAUAUACGUAAGAGUAGGUGACCAUGAUUUGACCAGAAAAUACGGCAGUCCUGGAGCUCAAACUCUAAGAGUGGCAACGACUUACAUACACCACAAUCAUAACAGCCAAACAUUGGAUAAUGAUAUAGCUCUUUUGAAGCUUCACGGGCAAGCUGAAUUGAAAGAAGGCGUCUGCCUUGUGUGUCUACCAGCUAGAGGUGUGAGUCAUGCAGCAGGAAAACGUUGCACUGUAACUGGAUACGGUUACAUGGGAGAAGCUGGACCAAUUCCUCUAAGAGUUAGAGAAGCCGAAAUACCGAUCGUAAGCGACGCUGAAUGCAUAAGGAAAGUAAAUGCGGUGACUGAAAAAAUUUUCAUACUUCCUGCUAGCAGUUUUUGCGCUGGGGGUGAAGAAGGGAACGAUGCAUGCCAAGGUGACGGUGGGGGACCAUUAGUAUGCCAAGACGAUGGCUUUUACGAAUUGGCGGGACUUGUUUCUUGGGGUUUUGGCUGCGGGAGAUUAGAUGUACCAGGUGUUUACGUUAAAGUUUCUUCUUUCAUUGGUUGGAUUAAUCAAAUUAUAAGUGUUAAUAAUUUAUAAUUUUUAUUUAUAAAAACUGAACCAAAAAUAUCCGUCAAGUUAUAUUUAUUUGUUCCAGUAGUUUCACUCGGAGUUUUAAGUGCAAAAACGACUUGUAAUUUUCAGGAAUAGUUUAUUUCACCAUUAUUUAUGAUUUUUUUUGUGCCGAUGUUCGUUUCAUUAUUAUGAAAUCUCUAGGGCUGAUAUCUUUUAGGGAAACAAACUAAAAUUUCGAGUGAAAUAUUUUUGUAAAUAUAAAAAUCAAAAUCAACAAAAUUAUUUUUAAAAACUGUUACCAAAUAAGCGAAAUCUGUACUGUCUGUUGUAAUAAACUUUGUACUCAUUUUAUACCUAACUCAUUUCACAUGAACAAAUACUACCUUCUAAAAAAUACCACUUAAUAUUAGUGGCAAUUAAAUUUAUAAGAACUGAAGUUAAUUAAAAAAUGCCUGGGAUACUUAACUGAAACAUAACGAAGUAUUAAAAAUCGAAAUUGCUCAAAUGGAUAAUGCAAAAAAAUAAAAUUUAAUUAAUUUUUUUUAUUGUAAAAUAUUUUAAAAUUACAUCAAUAGUAAGGCACUUUACAGAUUAUUGUCAUUGAAUUUGGGAUCGAAUGUAAGUACCGACUUUUUUUGAAUUUCUUACUGGGAUAUAUGAACAAAUUAUAUAAGCGCUGUUUAAUUUAUAUUUACAUAAAAUCGACAAAACUGUCCUAUCUAAACUUAUACACGUAACAAUGGAAAUUAUAAUUAUGUCGUUAAUCAUACAAUAAAAUGGCUUGAAUAACUCUAAAUAUUGUUUAAAUCAAAACCAAUUCAAUAUAACGUAUUUUAUAAUCAAAAACCAAACAAAUAAUAAGCUAUGAGAAUUAUAAACAUUCAACGCAAACUACUAGUUAUAAAAAAUUAUACAUAAUUCAUUUCUCAGCGCUUAAAACAUAAUUUUUCUCUUCGUUUAAAAUAUUACGUAUUUUUAGUUAAUAAAUUAUCCUAAUAAAUGGAAUUAUUGAGCUGGAAUUGCUUUUAUCACAUUUCAUCUACAAUUAAUCGUCUUCGUUCGAAUUAUAACAGUUUUCGUUUUCUAAACCAGUAAUUAUAUUAAUUCAAUAAAAGUGCGCAGAACGACGCUUUUUGAAAUGACAACUGCAAUGCUGUGAAUAGGAAACGAGAAAACAUAAUUAUAAUUAUUAAAACAAAGACUAAUAAAAUUGUGCACUUGACUAAAAAUAGGAAUGUAUAAGAACAAAAAAACUUGUGUUCUAAUUAUAGAUAAUUAUAAUAAAUAGUUCAUUGAUUGGUAUGAACUUAUAGGUGUAAAAUAUUUUGUUAUAGAUGUAAAUAAUUUUAUAAGUUUAUCCAAUUUCCAAUGCAUAAAUGGCAACAAAGGACUAGCAUUCAUAAUUUCAAUGACAAAUACCUAAUGUAUUAAAUAAUUUGAAUAAAUUUGGUGCCAUUUUCGUCCCGUUGGUCAACCAUUACUACAAUCAAUAGUUAUCGGUAUAAAUAUUUGAUUUCAUGUCAUUUUCAAUUCCUCCAAUUUGAUGAGCAACAAUGUCACAGUUUACUUUCCUGUAAUCUGAUUUUUUAUUUUUAACGCAAAAACAAUAAAAAAUCACUGCUGUUGUCAGGCUGAGUAGUGCAAUGCACAGGAUAACGAAAAACCGGUAAUACCAUAUUUCCGUGUUUAUGUCAGGAAUCAAAUGAAUAGGAUAACAAUAGGACUCAUCGGAUAACUGUACCAAUUUAGCAUCGCCAAAACACCCCAAGCAAUCGGAAUCUAAAGACCCUUUACAAUUUUUGCAGGUGUAAUGACACGGUGAGCAUGUCUGAUUACCGGAAAGGCUCUCUACCGAUGCGUCACCUAAAUCCAAUAAAUUGUUGUAGAAUUUGUCUGGGCAUGAUGGUAUGCAAAUUCCUUUAUGUAACUGGUAGUUUGGUAA